AUUUCGCAUGGCUGUCAUCACAGUCCAAGUACCCUCUGGAGCCUCACCUGGGAGCACUAUUCAGAUUGUUGAUCCUGGUACAGGGACUCCCCUGCAGGUUCAAGUCCCACAAGGUGUGUAUUCUGGCCAGACAUUCCAGGUCCAGACCCCAGGGGCUACAGGAGCGGCUCCUACAUACAGCCCUCCUCCCAGUAACAUACCGUAUGCUGAUGGCAACACUUCUUAUGGUGGUUAUAAUACUGGCUCGCAGCCUCCACCAUAUGCACAGCCGUACAAUGCUCCUCCUCAGCAAGUCAUCUAUACCACUAGCUCACCUAAUCACGGAAAGAACUCUGAUGAUACCUGCUGUGCAUUCCUAUUGGGUGCAUGUGCUUGCUGUACACUAUGCUGUUUGUUGGAUGAUUAGAUAUGGCUUUGGACGUCCCUUCUAAUACUUUUACUACGGCCCAUGGCUUUUAUAUGUUCCCUGGUCCUCAGUAGGAUCUUAAAGCCUCACUGACUCGGUAGUGAAGGAAGACUUUCCGUAUCACUACUGUGUACUAUUGAGCCUCCUUUGCUGAUACACGUCGUGCCGUUGAGUAUCUGUCCAAGCUGAUUAUACUUUGAAUAUAUUCACUCUAGUACUACAUCAUAGCC